CGAUGAACACCAGGCAACGCCUACGACAACCACCUCAACUUUUCUUUCCACCUAGUACAUUCUCUUUGCUCAUCUUUUCUUGUCCUUAUCCAUUAUUCCCAUCAGCUGUGUGCGCUGAGUGCUUGUCAGAAUGUCGUCUCUCGCGACUACGCGGAAUAUUGACCAUACCAAGUCCGAGGGCGAACUUGCGAUCAAUAUUCGAAAAGCUACGAGUAUCGAGGAAACGGCUCCGAAGCGCAAGCAUGUCAGAAGCUGCAUUGUAUACACAUGGGACCACAAAAGCUCUGGGGCCUUUUGGGCCGGCAUGAAAGUGCAGCCCAUCCUGGCGGAUGAAGUGCAGACAUUCAAAGCUUUGAUUACCGUCCACAAGGUCCUGCAAGAAGGCCACCCAUCGACAUUACGAGAGGCAAUGGCCAACCGGAAUUGGAUAGACAGUCUGAACCGAGGCAUGUCUGGAGAAGGUUUGCGAGGAUAUGGCCCAUUGAUCAGAGAAUAUGUCCAUUUCUUGCUUGCAAAACUAUCUUUCCAUUCGCAACACCCAGAUUUCAAUGGCACAUUCGAGUAUGAGGAAUACAUUAGUUUGAAGGGAAUCAAUGAUCCGAAUGAAGGCUAUGAGACAAUCUCCGACUUGAUGACACUUCAAGAUAAAAUCGAGCAAUUUCAAAAGCUGAUAUUCUCGCAUUUUCGAAGUGGAGGUAAUAACGAGUGCCGGAUAUCUGCUCUGGUUCCUUUGGUGCAAGAAAGUUACGGAAUCUACAAAUUCAUCACAAGCAUGCUCCGUGCUAUGCACACCACAACUGGCGACGAUGACGCUCUAGAGCCACUUAGACAACGAUAUGAUGCUCAGCACUAUCGCCUUGUCAAGUUCUACUAUGAAUGUUCCAACCUUCGCUAUCUCACAAGCUUGAUCACAGUCCCCAAGCUUCCCCAAGAACCUCCAAACCUGCUCUCCGAAGACGAAUCUGCCCCACGCCUACCCCAACGUCCUAAGCAAGAAAUUGAACGACAAAUCACACCCCCUCCAGCGCCGAAGGUAGAUGAGCCAGACGACAUCGGAGAAUUCUGGAAGAAUGAACAGGCACGGCAGAACAGAGAAUAUGAGGAGCAGCAGAGAGUAUUGGAGGAGCGACAGGCUGCACAGCUUUACGCACAACAACAAGCUCAACUGCAGGCUCAACGCGAUUUUGAGGAGCAGCAACGGCAGCUAGCAGAACAGCAAAGGCGGGAUCAGGAGGCUUUACUGGCUCAACAAUUUCAGCAGCAAACACAAGGUCGGAUGGCACAGUUAGAGCAGGAGAACUUUGAUGCUAGAGCACAAUAUGCUCGGGAUCAGCUCAUGCUGCAACAGUAUGACCAAAAGAUAAAGGCUCUCGAGGGGGAACUUGCCCAACUUCAGAACAGCUAUGGACAACAGAUUGGCAGCAAGGAUGACCAGAUCAGGGCUCUUCAAGAACAAGUCAACACUUGGCGGACGAAAUACGAGGCCUUGGCAAAAUUAUACUCGCAGUUGCGCCAGGAGCAUCUGGAUCUGUUGCAGAAGUUUAAGGGUGUCCAGCUGAAGGCCGCAUCGGCGCAGGAAGCCAUUGACAAGAGGGAAAAGCUCGAGAGAGAAAUCAAGACCAAAAAUCUCGAGCUAGCUGAUAUGAUUCGAGAGAGAGAUAGAGCUUUGCAUGACAAAGACCGUCUUGCUGGUGGGAAUCGGGAGGAGCUUGAGAAGCUGAAGAGAGAGCUGAGAAUGGCUCUUGACCGAGCUGAUAAUCUGGAACGGAGCAAGGGCAAUGAACUUUCUUCCAUGCUUUCGAAAUAUAACCGCGAGAUGGCAGACCUUGAAGAAGCGCUUCGGAAGAAGUCCCGUGCCCUGGAGGAUGUUCAUACAAAAUAUAGCGAGGGUGGCUCUGAUGCCGAGCGUUUAUUGCGGGAGAAGGAAGACGAGCUCGAGGUCUACAAGCAAAGCUUGGAUGACACGUUGAUCAAGCUCAAUGAGUUGGAGAUGUCCCGAGGUGCGACAGAUUCAGCACUGGAUGGAGAGAUUGACGCCAUGCUCCUCUCAAACAUUGCCAAAAUCAACGACAUCAUUGAUUCAGUCCUUCAGAGUGGAGUUCAACGUGUUGAUGAUGCUCUGUAUGAGCUCGAUUCCUCCAUGCAAGCCGGGAACCAGAAUGCAACGCCUUCGUAUGUGCUCUCACAGCUUGAGAAAGCAUCAUCGAGUGCCAUGGAAUUUGCCACUUCUUUCAACAACUUCAUCGCAGAUGGCCCGAAUAGCAGUCACGCCGAGAUCAUUCGAACAAUCAAUGUCUUUGCUAGCUCAAUUGCAGAUGUCCUCAGCAACACGAAGGGUCUCACACGGCUUGCCACCGAUGACAAGAAGGCUGAUCAACUCGUCAACGGCGCUCGCCAGUCCGCCCUCUCCACCGUCAAGUUCUUCCGCGGUCUUCAAAGUUUCCGACUCGACGGCAUGGAUCCGAUGCAGAAGACUGAUGUAGUCAUCAACAGCAACAACGAAGUGCUAAUGAACCUGCAGAAGCUCAGCAAGCUUGUGGAUGCUUUUGCUCCAAACAGCGGAAAGCUCUCUAACAACAAGGGAGACUUGGGGGAUCUUGUUGAUAACGAGUUGAACAAAGCUGCCGAUGCUAUUAACGCUGCGGCUGAGAGGCUUGCCAAGCUCAAGUCGAAACCCAAGGAUGGCUACUCGACCUACGAGCUUCGCAUACAUGACUCGAUUCUCGAUGCUGCCAUUGCUGUUACAAACGCAAUUGCGAGAUUGAUCAAAGCAGCAACUGUGACUCAGCAGGAAAUUGUCCAAGCUGGUCGUGGUACAUCCUCGAAGAGCACAUUCUACAAGAAGAACAAUCGCUGGACGGAAGGUCUUAUCUCAGCAGCCAAGGCCGUGGCUUCCUCCACCAACACUUUGAUUGAGACUGCGGACGGUGUUCUCUCCGGGCGCAAUACUCCAGAGCAGCUGAUCGUCGCUUCUAAUGAUGUUGCUGCUUCGACAGCACAGCUUGUGGCGGCCAGCAGAGUGAAGGCAGGCUUCAUGAGCAAGAGUCAAGAGUCCCUGGAACAAGCUAGCAAAGCUGUUGGGGCAGCAUGCCGAGCACUUGUCAGACAAGUUCAGAGUAUGAUCAAAGACCGUGAUCAGGAUGAUGACGGAGUGGAUUACGCGAAAUUGGGAGCGCAUGAGUUCAAGGUCAGGGAGAUGGAGCAGCAGGUUGAGAUCUUGCAGCUGGAGAACAACUUGGCGGCAGCGAGGCAGAGGCUGGGUGAGAUGAGGAAGGUGUCAUAUCAGGAGUAGAUUGGAUGCGAGAUAGUGGUUCAGCC